AUGGUGGUGAAUGAUGGUCUAUGUGGUACUGCUGGUUUGAAUCAACCGGCGAGGACAUUUGGACAGCAUGAGACGAAGUCGAAUGGCGCUUUGGAACAGCCCAGCAAACCUUCUACUGAUAAGAACGAAUCCCAUAUCGCUCCUGAUAAAUUUAUAAUAGCGGGCCGUCCUACAGGUAUAGCCCAGUACCCUUGGCUGAUCCACCUCACCAUGAAAGUCCAUGAGCCGAUGGGGACCAACCUAGCGGCUUGCGGAGGAUCCCUCAUCAGCCGCCGACAUGUUCUCACUGCUGCCCACUGCUUGGAUUUCGAUAUCAAGAAUUACGAGGAUGUGAGCAUCUACCUGGCUGAGUACAACAUCCAGACCUUCCCGAAUGACUGCACCGGGAGCCUGUGCGUCCAGAACGUGCUGAUGCAUCCAGACAAGGUCACCAUCCACAAGCAGUUCGAUCGAAAUGCCAUCCGCAACGACAUCGCGAUGUUACGGCUGGCCACACCCGCUCCUAACUCUGAAUUCAUCCGUCCGAUCCCCCUGCCCACUUUCAACAUCAACGACGCCAAAUACGAAGGAACUCCUCUCACCAUCGCCGGCUGGGGCCAGACUGAACACGGCCAAGCAUCAUCUAUCAAACUGCACGCACAAGUCCAACUGAUCUCCCCAAACACCUGUAGAAAAUACUUCCAGGUGACUGAUGGUAUGCUGUGUGCGGCAGGGAGAAACGGCCAGGACUCAUGCUUCGGAGACUCCGGUGGACCAAUCGUUGUCGAGCAGCAAGGGAACUUCCAACUUAUGGGGAUUGUCAGCUUUGGGGAUAGCAAGUGCGGGGGUUCCAAGCCUUCUGUGUAUACUAAUGUGUUCUCUUAUUUGGAUUGGAUCCAGAAUACUAUGAGGGAUUAGGUUCGAUCGCAUGAUGGAUCCACUUUGUUGACGAGUUAA